GCUUCCAACUCACUCAUCAUUUCAUUACACGCAUAUCCAACUAUUCUUUUAGUCCAACAACUUCCAUACAUCAAAAUGUUCUCCAAGACUAUCAUCGCAACCCUCCUCGCCAGCACCAUCGCUGCUAGCCCUAUCGCCGCUAGCACAUCCGACGCUACCUACAUACUCCGUACCUUCCCAACUGGAGCCGGGUCGAUCUUCCGAGGCUUGGAGAUCACUGCAGACAACGGAUACCUUUGGGUUGGAAAACAGACUACCCCAGCAAUUCAUUUCUCUUUCAACAACGGAUAUGUGAACACCCAAGAAGGACAAGAGCUAUAUAUCUCCGGCAACACAGUCACAUAUGCUGCUUCAGGCACCGAUGCUGAAAAUGCUUCAGGCUGGGAGUUCGUCGCCCCUUACAGUGGUCCAAACAUCUCUGUUGGAUCGUUGACAUACCCUGGCUACGACAUCUACGCCUGCUCAGGCUCCGAGGCUGAUGUCUACACUAUCGCCGCUGUCCCAACCGGUACUGGUGCGACUGGUAAAUGCGAGCAGAUCCAAUUGAUUGCUCAAUAG